ACUUUAGUCAUAAACUUCUCAAUUAACAACAGAGUCCAUCUUCUGUCUAUCAGUGGGAGGGUGGGAGUUCGUGGUAAAGGCACUCGGUGCUCCACGAGGCCUGGUUUCCAUGGAGCCAUACCCCGACAACUCUUUGCGACUGAGGCAUGCCAUUCUUCUUGCCGCUGCAAAAAAAAAAAAAGAAAAAAAAAAGUGCCGCUCAUUCUGACUCAGGCUAUUGUGGAGCGCACAAGUGGCUCUCUGAGGAGAAGGGGAUGGAGAGAGAAAGGGUGGGGUCAAGGUUCAAACCAAAGGCUCCCAUCGGGGCUCCCUUUCUGUUAUCAAAUUUGUUGAGACACAAAAAGAGCUACAGUCUCAUUCCCGAGAACAUCUUGAAGGAGAGAAAAGGGGGUUAAGAGGACAGCAUUCUUUGUGUCAGAGCACCAGUCCCUCCACAGUGCGGAGGACUAACUGUCUUCACUUGGCUCCACACACAGAACUCCCCGCUCCUCCACUUUGCCUUUGAGCGGCCAAACUUUUCUUCUCAGCGGCACCGCAACCAAAAUGGAGUCUGCUACCAUGGAGAUGCCGUCCCUGCUGUUCAAUGAGUCAUCGGAGAACUGUGCAGCAGUGGAAACGUCCGUCGAGGACAAUCUGUUUGGGUGGUUCUACAUUGUGGUUUUUGUCUUGGCGCUGAGCGGUAACAGUCUGGCUCUCUGGAUCUUCUCUCACCAGCGUGGAACUUCUUCCCCAGCUAACGUCUUCUUAAUUCACCUGGCCGUGGCGGACUUGUCGUACGUGAUCAUCCUCCCACUCAGGGCCAUCUAUCACUUCACUGGAGGCCACUGGCCUCUAGGCGAGGUGCCCUGUAGAGUAGUGGGCUUCUUGUUUUAUGUCAACAUGUACGCCAGCUUGUACUUCCUGGCCUGCGUGGCAGGGGACCGCUACCUGGCUGUAGUUCACGCCGUGAGGUCCCUGAAGAUUCGUCGUAGUCGCUACGCUCACAUCAUCAGUUUCUCCCUUUGGGUCCUGGUCACCGUCUCCAUGGCGCCACUGCUGGUCACCCAUCAGACUGCGCAGGUGGACAACAUGACCGUGUGUCUGCAGCUGUACAGGGAGAAAGCGUCGCGCAAUGCACUGAUCUCACUGGCCGUGGCUUUCACGCCGCCUUUCCUCGCCACCCUGUCCUGUUACCUGCUCAUCAUCUACAGCCUACACCGGGGCUCCAGGUUGGAGCCCGCUCUCAAGCUGAGGGCCCUGCGCACCAUCGGCCUGGUCAUGCUCAUCUACGUGGUCUGUUUCCUGCCUUAUCACAUGAGCAGGGCCACCUUCAUCCUUGGCUACAGCCACCCUGGCAUCUCCUGCCAGACACGCAGAGGCCUGAGCCUGGCCAACCGCCUCACCUCCUCCCUUACCUGCCUGAACGGUGCUAUGGACCCACUGGUCUACCUGUUCGGGGCAGAGAAAUUCCGCGGCACGCUAAGGCGAUUGUUUUGUAAAGAUAAGUCAGGGGUGUCAGGAGCCACCAGUGGAGAGCUAAAGGGAACACAUGAGAGCUCCGUGAGCGCCAAGUCUGAGUUCUGAGGAAAAUCUGACCUGGAUCUAGUCUAGAUCGAGUCAAAUAAAUUAUUCUCCAACGCAACCAAUUUGGGUCUGACUACCCACUGACCAGUUUGAUAUCCUCAGACCAUUUGCAGUUGCGCUAUCAACCAAUGUGUAACAAUCAAUUGGGAACAUUUGCCAAUGAUCUGUUUUGGAUCAGAUCAAAACCAGGGGAUUAAUUGACCUCAUUCCCAUUAACUGCAACUGCAAAUUUGCCAGUUUUCACAAAGUUUGAAUAAAGAGCUCACAAAGUCCAACAGAAAACCCUGUUGCAGCCAGUUGAAAACACACUGGCUGCAUUCAACAGGCUUCAUCCCCAGAAAAAAAAAAAAAAACUGUCAAAGAACUGAUAACGUUCGUGUUUCAGAUAUGACACAGGAAAUUAGUAGUGCUUUGUUUGGUGCUAUUAUAUAUCGGCCGCACGUUCUACAUGCAUGAAGGGCUCCAGAGAUUUGAGGCUCACGUUGGAAAAUGACUUCUGAUGUCAACUUGAUGUCAGAUGUCAGAAAACAGCUUUGUGUAAAACACCAAAAGACUGAUCACAUGUGUAAAUAGUCAAUUUUUUACUGUAUAUUUCUACUCUAUUUUAUUGUAUUGUAAGCCAAACAUUCAUUAGUCAUAUUUUUUUUUUCAUAUGUUUAUUUAUCUAUGCUCACAGCAUGACUUUGUAGUCUUAAGCUCUUUUUAUCUCCCUGGAAAUUCCUGGUGCAAGUGAUCCUUACACAAACUACUGUAAUAACUUCAUAACCUUUUUCUGAAGCUUGACCAAUUACUUGUUUCAAUUCUUGCAAAAAUGUGCAUUAAUCAGAAAAGGUUAGUAAGUAGAUUAGCAUGCUAGCUUCAGCAUUUAGCUCAAAGCAACACUGUGGCUCACAGAGCUGCUGGCUAAGCUGCAGACCUGUGCGCCCACACAAUCUGCCUUGUAUACUAUAUAGUGCAUUAUAUUUACCAGCUGCCAUCUUGUUUAACUGUAAGUGUCUAAAUGUAACCGCUCUGCAGUGCCUUUAAAAAUAUCACAGUGGAACAAACCGAGUAGUGUUGAUGACACGAACACCUCUUUCUGUGAAAUAUCUCGCUGUGCAUGUCCACGGCUCAUAUCUGUUUACAGCUAUUACCGUAGGUGUCUUCAUGCUGUAUCUCUGAACAUGUGUAGACCUGACUUUUGUAAACUGCUACUAGACAGCAGGACAAUGUUUGCUUUAUUUCUUGUGCUUGACAAAUCUCCACUGUAAAUGUAUUCUUCAUUAUCAUGCUUCUUAAUCCUGUGCUAUGCAUCUCUACUGUGCUGCUGCACGACUUACUAUGAGCUGUUUUACUGGGCGUCGGUUUAAGUAAAUGCAAUUUGCAUAAUUAAUUAAAUGUGUGAUGGUUGUUCUUUUUGUGACUUUCAAAUUGAAAAUCUCCAAUCAUGUGCAAGGACUGAACGAUCUGUGUUCCUCUCAUGUACAUAUAUAUAGUUUGUAUAAUAAUAACCUGCUUGUCUGUGCUGUUACAUAAAAACUGCAGGAAC